AUGUCCUCUUCAGAUGGAGAAAGCGUGUUUUUAACACAAAACAAGUUUAGAGAAGUUGAUGAACAAGAAAACAACACGGAUGGCAUUCUCAGUGAUAUUUUGGAUUUGGAAAGAGAACAUCCAAAAAAACAACCGAAUUUUGACCUCAAAGUAGAUAUUUUUUCGGAUAUUUCUGACGAGGAACUUGUUAAGGCCACCCAAGACAUAGAAGGAAAAGAAAAUAUUGAAAGGUUUGCACGGCUCAAUCAAGAAGAUUUGGAUAAUUUGGUUAAGAAAGGUUUAUCGAAGAAAACAGAGCAAAAGUCAAAGUGGGCAAUGACUCUAUUUACGAACUGGCAAAAUGAACGAAAGUGUAUGUUACCAAACCAUGAUACAUUUAUGUAUCAGGAUAUUAUGAUAAUGAGUGAUGAGGAAAUCAACAAAACAAUGAGUUUCUUUGUAGCUGAAGUGAGGAAUAAAUCUGGAGAGGAUUACAGACCCAAUAGCUUGUAUGAAAUUGUGUGUGCAAUUCAACACAAAUUACGACAUGAAGAUGAAAGAACUCUCUGGGCGAGGCAUGGGGAUAGAGCGAAACGGGCAGAGAUCAUAACUGAGGCUCAAGAAGAUGAAAUGUGGUCCAAGGGAGUUUUAGGAAGAGAUACACCUCAAAAACUCUUAGAUACUCUACUGUUUCAACUAGGACUACAUUUUGCACUACGAGCAGGACAGGAACACAGAAACUUGAGGGUUGGGACAAACAGUCAGAUUUCUCUUUCCAUGGAUGCAUCUGGACUGCGAUAUCUCGAAUAUAGAGAGGAUGUCUCCAAAACAAAUCGCGGUGGGCUCCAGCACAAAAAUCUGCAACCUAAAGUUACCAGAGCAUACCAGAACAAGAAUGUUCCCGAGAGAUGUCCUGUGCUCACGUAUGAAAAAUAUCUGCAUUUAAGGCCUGAAGCUGGUAAAACCAAUGCUCUCUAUUUGCGACCUCUGCGGUACCCCACAGAUUCCACUUGGUACGCCGACUCUCCUGUUGGAGUACACACUCUUCAACAGACCGUCGCAAAACUGUGUAAAAUAGCAGGAUUUACUGGCCACUACACAAACCAUAGCCUCAGAGCAACCGCCGCAACACGCCUUUACGAUGCUGGCAUUGAUGAGCAGCUAAUAACCGAGAAAACUGGACACCGCUCGACAUCUGUUAGAUCGUAUAAAAGAACAACUGAAGAACAACAGCAAAGAGUGAGCAAAAUCAUUCACGGUGAAAAUCAGUGUGAUGUAGCUAUCAAGAAAGCCAAAACCGCAGCCGAAAGUGAUUCUAAUGUGUGUGCACCAGCUGGUGCUAGUGAAACUGAAAUUUCGUCUGGAAGUGUAUUUUUCAAAUUUAAAUUCUAA